GUCAAUAGCUUAACAUUUCCAAUUUCUUGUUAUAAAAAAUAUUUAUCAAAUAUUGAUAACAUUAUCUCAAAGAAGAAAUUUAUAAAUCAUUUAGUAGCUUGGAUAUUACACAUUCUUACAAUGGAUAAACAUAAUAGUUCAGAAUUGUUAAAUUCAGAUUUUUCGCUGUCCAAAAAUGCCAGUUCCGAUUCAUUGGAUUCGGACUCCAAAUCUAGUUCAUUGAAUUCCAAACACGGACAGGAAUCCGCUCAUGUCCUGGGAGAUAUUCAGCUUCUGGAUGGAGAGAAGGUGAUGGGAGUUGCUCGCGAUGUAACCUAUCUUUGUCCAUACAGUGGUCCAUCUAGGGGAGUCCUCAAAGUAACAAAUUAUCAACUGCAUUUCCGACCUACUGAUGCAACAUCUUUGCAGAGUACAUUAAGUGUGCCUCUUGGUGUGGUAUCUCGUAUUGAGAAGGUUGGUGGUGCAUCAUCUAAAGGUGAAAACUCAUAUGGCAUUGAAGUAUUUUGUAAGGACAUGAGGAACUUGCGUUUUGCUCACAAACAAGAGAAUCAUUCUCGACGCGGAAUUUUUGAGAAAUUACAACAGCUUGCGUUUCCCCUAUCACAUAGACUGCCAAUGUUUGCAUUUAGCUACUCGGAGAGUUUCCCUGAAGAUGGUUGGCAUGUUUAUGAACCAGUAACGGAGUUGAGAAGAAUGGGGGUGAACAAUGACAUGUGGCGUAUAACGCGCAUCAACGACAAGUACGAGAUAUGCGACAGCUACCCGUCGGUGUGGGCGGUGCCGGCUGCGGCGAACGACGAACUGUUGCGUUCGGUCGCCGCGUUCCGCUCGCGCGGACGUAUUCCCGUGCUGGCGUGGAUACACCCUAGCUCGCAAGCCACUAUUACGAGAUGUAGUCAGCCGCUUGUUGGGGUGAGUGGUAAGCGCAGUAGAGAAGAUGAACGCUACAUACAGUUAAUAAUGGAUGCCAAUGCACAAGCUCAUAAACUGUUUAUUAUGGAUGCCCGACCCAGUGCAAAUGCCAUCGCUAAUAAGGCUAAAGGGGGCGGAUAUGAAUCUGAAGACGCCUACCAGAAUGCAGAACUAGUGUUUCUGGAUAUACACAACAUCCAUGUCAUGAGGGAGAGCCUCCGUAAACUGAAAGAAUUGUGCUUCCCACAAAUUGAUCAAACUAGGUGGUUCAGUGGAAUAGAGGCAACCUGUUGGCUGAAGCAUAUAAAGUGUAUAUUAGCGGGCGCCGUGCGUAUUGUCGAUAAGGUGGAGAAUCACAAAACAUCAGUAUUAGUACAUUGCUCUGACGGUUGGGACCGAACUGCACAGCUCACAGCAUUAGCAAUGCUGAUGUUGGAUCCGUACUACCGCACGCUCAGGGGAUUCCAAGUUCUUAUUGAAAAGGAGUGGCUAUCAUUCGGACACAAAUUCCAGUUGCGUAUAGGGCACGGCGACGAACGCCACUCGGACGCGGAUAGAUCGCCGGUAUUCGUCCAAUGGGUGGAUUGCGUGUGGCAGUUGCAGCAGCAGUUUCCCACUGCGUUCGAAUUCACUGAGAGACUUUUGAUAACGAUUGUGGAUCAUCUGUACUCCUGUAGAUUUGGAACGUUCCUGUUCAAUACUGAAAGGGAGAGGGUGAAGGAAGAAAUAAAAACCAAGACAGUAUCACUGUGGUCUUAUAUAAACAGCCGACAAGAUUUGUACCUGAACCCACUAUAUUGGGGUCCGUCUUCCUUUGGACCCAACACGCCGCUUUCGCCAUAUUCUAGACCUCAAACUGUUCUGGUACCGGUAGCUUCUCUGAGGAUCAUCAAGCUAUGGAAAGCGUUAUAUUGCAGGUGGAAUCCAACUAUGAGGCAACAAGAUCCCAUAUUCCAACGUACACGGGAGCUGGUAGCGCUGCGUGCGCAGCUGGAGGCGGCCGCGGCCGCUGCGGCGGGCGACCACGCGGCGCGGCAACACCGCCUCGCCCUCACACCGCCGCGCGUUGCCAGUCCGCACCACGUCUGAACGAGAUUUUUUAUCAUAAAUGUAUAAGAGAAAUGGAAAGGAUGAAAUAACUCUAAAUGUAAACAGCACACCUAAAUAUCUACUUCCAAGUAGCAAUAAGUAAGAAUUAUGUUUAAAGAUUCAGUACAAAAAUAAUAUGUUAGUAAAGUGGUCAGAUAUUCUCUAAAUAACAACUGCCAUUGUUUAAGUAUUAUUUUAUAGGUUUUUACAGUAAGAUAUUAUGUAUUGUUAUUUGUAAGUAGCUUUUCGCUUAAGCUUAAUCUCCAAAACACUUCAACAAAAUUUAAUUUACAUAUACAUAUAGCAUAAUGGAAAAUGCCAUCC